AUGCCACAAGCUACGCCGUUUCAUGCAUGCUACGAGGCACUUUUGGCCGGUGAGCGUCCAUGGGAAGCAGACGAAUCCCCGACAGCGGCGGGGCAGCGUGCGUCAGAAAAAGCGAAUGCGGCACCACGUGCACAGUACAUGCUAGAGUUGCUAAGCAAGCCAGUCGAACACAGCGUCAUCGUGGACCUGCUUGCCAAUGUAUCGCCGAACGAAAUGAUGGACGACCGCUAUGCACGUCGCCGCGAUAAUAUCACCGGCCUAUGGAAAGAAGCUUUGCGUGUAUGGACAGAGUCAUCCAAUCUCCAUGACGAGCUUGUGUGCCAUGCGAUUGACACAAUUUUGGCACUUGCUUGUGCGUUGCUGCCCAAGGCCUAUACCAACUACACGCUGGACGUGAUUACUCUCUUGGCAGGUCGCAUGGACGAAGCAGACGACAUGUUCUAUGCACUCAUGACGGCCAUUGAACGCACAUGUCGACGGCCUCAGAUCGAUACUCAUAACAGCGAUGAUGUCUUUGCCCAUGCACCAUCACCACCUUCGUCGUCUGCCGUCAUCGCCCAUCAACAGCACAGUGCACUCCGAUUGGUCAUUGUGCUGACGGCGUGCACAGGUAGCACGUCCCUCACUACAUACCUUUUACACCGCGAUCUGUUCGCUGCAGCGAUGCACGUUGCUCAAACAACCAGUGCGUCGAAUGAACACGUGCUUUGCGACGUGGCUCUAUGUACAGCUCUUCUUGCCACAGCCGGUCAUGCUCAUGGCACCACACAUGCGACGGGUCUAGGGCGUGAUCCCGUGUCGUCCGCCUUCAUGAAUCAUGUGGCAUUCCAGCCAUACCAACGGCGCAUGCGCGACUAUGCGCAUCUUCACGACCUUAAGCGCAUAGCACAUGCUUGCUCAGCACGUGCCAUGCACAUCUUGGCCGCCUACACGCACGACGAACACGCAGCCACCCACCAAAGCCGUUCUCGCAUGUGGGGACUCGACUGGAUGUACAUGGACUCGCGCAAGAACCUUUUGUCGGCUACGACUGCCCUCUCACCCACGGCAUCCGCCGCGGCAUCAGCCACAGCACCAACACGGCCGCCACCCCAUGCUUGGCUCUUCUUCGCCCUAUGGGUAUGGGUGCAUUCCAACACCAGGUUCCACGCAUGUGUCGUGGAUGCCGAAAGCCAAGGUGGCGAGCCGCCUCUGAUCGUCUCGUUCCUCUCCGUCACGUCGUUUCUGCUGACGCAUGCAGCGAUAUGUGCGCGAGCAACAAUGUACGCGCACACGGCGCUGCAGAUCAUGCUUGUGCUUCUGGGGCGGACAGACGCACAGGCUCCCAUGCAGGCAGUGACGAAGCGCCUGCUUCUCGACGAAGAUUCCCUCGAGUCACCCGCUGCACGUUGGUGUUGGCAGGUCGUGCAAUGCCGCGACAAGCCAGGUGCGCUUCCGCCCAUGCCCAAAACAGGCACAAAGCGCCCACGACGACUUGCUACGUGCUGUGUGAACAACGUCGCCAUCUUUCUCAAGUACAACCGAAGCAAGCACUUGGACGCUGCUAGUUUCCGGACCGCGCUGAUGGCCAUCCAGCGCAUCGUGCUUUUGUGUGCCCAGAACAAGCUUCUUCUAGAGUACGAUUGGCUCGAAGCAUGGCGCGCGAUCCUUGCGACAGCUGAUUUCAUCGCUGCCCGACAGACCGAGAUUAGCGACGACACACAUCAGCUUGCCGAGUGCCUCAUCGAGACAAUGGCCGUCGUGCUUGUGUACUCCGACAAGUUCCUGCAAACGCCUGCGGAAACGCACUGGCUUCUCUACGAGCUCGCGCGUUCCAAGCACACAAUCGAGAAGCUCAUCCCUAUCACUAGCACUAGCAGCACGGCACGUCAGGUGCAUGGUGUUCUGCUGCGCGAAAUACUCGAUGCCAUCGAUGCCGACAUGGCAAAGGAGCACGACAGGGCUCGCUCCGCACGUAGCUGGCUUUUCUUCCAACGCAACAGUGCCAAUGAGCCCGUGAGUAUGCACACCAUCCUAAGCAUCAUCCAACACCUUGAUUUGCCUACACUCCUGGCGUCGGACAAACCAGCGUGUGCCGCCGUUGCACGAGCGGCCCUCACGGCGAGUAGUGGACGGAGUCCAGGAGGUGUGCCAAGUCCGAGCGCCUCGCUUCUUCGUACCGUACAGCACGACUGGCUAGCGAGUUAA